CAGCUCCUGGAGCGGCUGGCACUGGGCAGGAUGGGCAGGAGCAGGCAGGGAGCAGCCCCGGGAUGCACAGAGUCCUGUCCAUGGAUGUAACGCUCUCACCAAGGGACCCCCGAGCUCCCGGCCAGUUUGGAAACCCUGUUGCUGUCCCUGACGAUAAACAAGAAGAAGCAAAAAGCAGAUGGAAAGAAGGAAACUUUAAUGUCUACCUCAGCGACCUGAUCCCCGUGGAUCGAGCCAUUGCAGACACCAGGCCUGCCGGGUGCUCUGAGCAGCAGGUCCACGACGACCUCCCGAGCACCAGCAUCAUCAUGUGCUUUGUGGACGAGGUGUGGUCCGCGCUGCUGCGCUCGGUGCACAGCGUCCUCAGCCGCUCCCCUCCGCGCCUCGUCCAGGAGAUCAUUCUGGUGGAUGACUGCAGCACCAAGGAGUACCUGAAGGAGCAGCUGGACACGUACAUGUCGCAGUUCCCCAAGGUGAAGGUCCUGCACCUCCGGGAGCGGCACGGGCUGAUCCGGGCCAGGCUGGCGGGAGCUGAGAUCGCCAGAGGGGAUGUCCUGACGUUCCUGGACUCGCACGUGGAGUGCAACGUGGGCUGGCUGGAGCCGCUGCUGGACAGGGUCCGCCUGCGCCGCACCAAGGUGGCCUGUCCUGUCAUCGAGGUCAUCAGUGACAAGGACAUGAGUUACAUGACUGUGGACAACUUCCAGCGCGGGAUUUUCACCUGGCCAAUGAAUUUUGGAUGGAGGCAGAUUCCACAAGAGGUCAUCGAGAAAAAUAAAAUCAAGGAGACUGAUAUAAUAAGGUGCCCCGUCAUGGCAGGUGGCCUGUUCUCCAUCGAUAAGAAGUAUUUUUUUGAGUUGGGAAUGUACGACCCGGGACUGGAUGUCUGGGGAGGGGAGAAUAUGGAGCUUUCAUUCAAGGUCUGGAUGUGCGGAGGAGAGAUCGAGAUCGUUCCGUGCUCCAGGGUUGGGCACAUUUUCAGGAAUGACAAUCCUUACUCCUUCCCCAAAGACCGGGUGAGGACGGUGGAGAGGAACCUGGCCCGCGUGGCGGAGGUGUGGCUGGACGAGUACAAGGAGCUGUUCUACGGCCAUGCCUACCACCUGCUGCAGGGCGGCGUGGACGUGGGCGACCUGAGCCAGCAGAUCCAGCUGCGCAAGAAGCUCGGCUGCAAAACCUUCCGCUGGUACCUGCAGAACGUGUACCCGGACCUGGAGGCUCCCCUGGUGAAAGCCAGCGGGCUGCUCGUUAACGUGGCCCUGGCAGGGUGCAUCGCUGUGGAAGGCACCACCCUGGCUUUUGAGGAGUGUGAUGUUAACAGCACGCACCAGAAGUUCAACUACACGUGGCUGAGGCUGAUCCAGCACGGGGAGCUCUGCCUUGCCCCGUCGGGCGUGCUGGGAGCCGUGGGCCUGCGCCGCUGCCAGGGCAGGAGCCGCAGCCUGGGCUGGCUGCACCGCUCGCUGACCACUGCCCACCCGGGACUGACCGACCACCUGAUCUCGGAGCAGCAGCACCUCCCGCAGCCGGCGUGCCUGGCCGUGCACCCCUCGUACAGAGCCCUGCGGGUGACAGCCUGUGACCCCGCCAGCCCCCACCAGAAGUGGCACUUUGGCUCUUACCAUGCGGACUGAGCGCAGCCCAGCUGCACCAGGACUGCCCUGUGGGCUUGGCAAGGACAAUCCUGCGGCUGGCAGCAGCUCCAAGGUGGGAAAUGCAUUUCCAAUUGAUGGCUGGAGUGUGUGAUUUGAUACCAGCACCUCGAGGGAUGAGAGCACCCAGAGCACACAUCUGCUGUGACUGUGCCUGAGCACAUCUGAUCAUUUUCCCUCGCUGUAGGAGACUUUGGGAAAAACUUGUUUUCUGUAUUAUUAAAUGGAAAUAUUUUUUGAAGUUCCCA